AUGGCGGGACGCGGCGGCGGCGGUGCGAGCAGGCCCAACGGCGCGGCAGCAGCCAACAAGAACUUCCAGUUCAAGUUGGUGCUGCUGGGGGAGUCGGCAGUGGGAAAGUCCAGCCUUGUGCUGCGUUUUGUUAAAGGCCAGUUCCAUGAAUUCCAGGAAAGCACAAUUGGAGCUGCCUUCUUGACUCAGACGGUCAGCCUGGACGACGUCACGGUCAAGUUUGAGAUUUGGGACACGGCGGGCCAAGAGCGCUACCACAGCCUGGCACCCAUGUACUACCGGGGUGCUCAGGCUGCCAUUGUGGUUUAUGACAUCACCAACAUAGACACGUUUGCGCGUGCCAAAAACUGGGUGAAGGAAUUGCAACGACAAGCCAACCCCAACAUUGUGAUAGCGCUGGCCGGCAACAAGGCAGACAUUGCAGAUAAGAGAGCGGUGGAGCAUCAGGAAGCGCAAGAAUACGCUGAAGAAAACGGACUCCUCUUCAUGGAGACUUCAGCCAAGACUGCCCUUAAUGUUAAUGAUAUUUUUAUGGCUAUUGCCAACAAGCUACCAAAGAAUGACCCUCAGGCAGGCGCCGGCCAAUCAGGCCGGGCCGGUACGGGGGUAAACCUGCACGACACCAGUUCUCCAAAUCGCCCCAGUCGAUGCUGUAGUGGCGCCAUCGGCGGCGGAAGCGGCAACUAG